AUGAAGCAGCAAAGAAGCAAGCGCAUCUCUCGCGUCAUGGAGCCAUGGACUGCUCCGGGCUUUGGCAACCCACCACGGCCCCAGUCGCACAAGUUCCUGCAAGAAACGCUCACGAAGCUGACCCAGGACAGCAUCCGUGCAGGAAGCCCAACCAUGACAAAACCCGACACGAUGGACUCCCGUGUCGCGAGAGCACCCACAUCUGACAUGGGUCUUGGGCCCCCGGACACUCGAAGAUCUCCUCGAACAUGGGCCGGCUCACGCCUUUCGCCGCUGCAGGAAUACUUCGGGGACCUGAGAUCGGCCGUGCGCGAAGAGGUCGGCACCGCUUUGGACAGCGGAGUGGUUGCUCAGGUCCUGGAGGGCUGGAGCUCGCAGUUCGCUGCGUGGCGGAAAUCCGAUGACCAUGUUGUCAGGCAGUUGAAAGGUCACAUCAGCGAGCUCGAAGAUGCAAAUCGCUCCUUAGUCAGCUUUCUCAACGAGUACAUCACAACUUCGGAGUUUGCAAGAUUCAGGGAGGCCAUGAACAAGUACUCCAGUCUGGUGGAUGAGCUCUCCGAUUCACAUCAAGGUCAUGAAUCUGUCUUGCUCUCCGCGGUCGAGCAUGUAGUGGAGAAAGCGGUGAAGGCGGCCACAAGCAACAUCGCACAGCUGAUAGAGGAGAAGAUGGCGCAGCAAGUCACAAGGUAUGCCACAGAACAGCAGCGUCAGAUUGACACGGUCCUGGAGAGCGUUCAAAACUAUGCAAGCCAAGUCUCGCGGCAGCUCGAGAACCAAGAUGUCGUUCUUCAAACGAAGCUGGGCUCCGUGAUGCAUGACAUUGGCAGUGAAAUGCAAGAGAGGAUGCAAAAGUCCGCAGAUGAGAUCAACGUGUCGACGCUCAAAGCGGCACAUGAAGGAGCUGAUCGCAUGAAGAUGGUUACCAUCGGCGAGCAUGAGAAGCUGCGCUCCUACAUGCAGAGACUCAUAGCUGGAGAUGCGGAAGAAUUGGAUGAGAACGAUGAGGGACUGCGCCCCAUGUUGCUGCACUUCCGGGAGCUCUUAUUCCAGGGGGUCUCGACCAAUGAGCAAGCGGAGAACUGGCGCAAGGUCUCAGAGCAGGCCGAGAGCGACAUGCAGGCUGCCAAACAGGAGCUCGAGCUGUGCCAAAGUGAAUCCGCCGAGCUGCAAAGAAAGCUGACGGAAGCUGAGGAGAACUUGGCAGCGCAAGGCAGCGAGCUGAGCGUCGCGAAGGUCGCGAUGGCGAAGCCCUGGCCAUGGACCAGAUAUGCGGCCUUCAUGGAUGAGAUUGCCUCCCGUGGUCAAGUCAAAGUGAAUGUCUACGAAGAGUGGGUCGAAAUCACUGCAGGCAUGGGCUUCGCGCCUCGCAAGGAAAAACAGCCGCCAACAGCUGAAUGGAUAGAUCCGGCCUCUGCCGAUGCUGCCCUGUUAGAUGCACUCGAAGUGCUUCACUGCUUUGGCGAAGUGCCUAUCACCAUAGAGUCCCACGUCAAAAGUGGCAAGGGCAAGGCAGACUUCUGGGAAGCCAUUGCAGCCAACAGAGCAGAGCUGGUGAGGGACGCCUUGGAAGAGAAGGGUGUGCCGUUUCGGCAAAUGACUGCAACCGGCCUGUACGGCAAGGUGACCAUCCAUGUGCUGAUGAUACGUCGACUCUUCAGCAUCGUGACUGGAAGCAAGGUCCUCUGCCUUCAGCUGCAGAGAUGUGCUUUUGGCUUGUGCUGGGUGAGUGAUGCGGGAACUGCCCUGCCGGACAAGCAACAGUUCAUUGAUGAGUGGCUGGCCGCGCUGGCUCAUCCAAACGUGUGCAUCAAUGAAGUGGCAGACGUCCAGCGCCUCGAUCAAGAGGACAUAGCGGUUCUGCCGGUACCUCCCCUGGUGAAAGGGGUGUUUCGCGACAUCUUGGCUUGCGAGGCAGAAAAGCAUCGAGAGCACACUGAAGUGUUGAAGGACACGCUGGCACGAAGUGAAGAGUAUCUUGCGCCACUUCGCGAUCGGAAUAUGCAGCCGCCGCUGGCAGAGUCAAAGUAUUUUCAGGACCAAAAGAACUACAGGCUUAUCCUCAAGAGGGAGGAGAUCGAGGCCGGCGUGCGGAUUGCUGCGAGGCGCAUUGAGACCUGGUGUAAAGGGGAGCGCAUAGUUCUCGUGGCAAUCCUCAAGGGUGCCUUCAUGUUCCUCUCGGAUUUGUGUAAGAACUUGAUACGGCCGUAUUCGGUGUAUUUCAUCGAGGCGUCUUCCUACAAAGAGAAGCGCUCGCAGUCAGGUUCCGUUGAAAUCACUGGCCCGGAUGUCGCAAGUUCCAAGUUCUGCGACACAACGACCAAAGCACCUCACAAGGUUGUGCUCAUCGACGAGCUUUUGGACAACGGGAAAACGAUGCAGGAGAUGAAGCAGUUCUUUCUGUCGAGAUUGUCAGCGACUCAUACCGAAAAUGAUGUUUUGACAGUAUGCCUCUUUAGCAAAGAACGCCAACGUGAGUGGCCGGAGGCAGAUAUCAUUGGUGUUAGGAAUCUGCCCGACCUGUGGCUGGUUGGCUACGGUUUGGAUGAUCGUGGAACAAAGCGUGGCUGGACAGAGCUGUUCGCCAUCCCAAAGGUCAAGAUCAUUGAUACCUUCGACGUGGACGAGGUUCAAAGGCUGUUGGAACACUUAGACGAGAAUGCGAGCCUGACGGGCCAGAUGGUCUUCGCAGGCUUUGAGCUCACUUACUCGAACAAGCAGAAGUAUCGUGUUCACGGAUUGGACUUCCAGGGACCGCUGCGAUUGAAAGGAGCGAAGGCUUCACAGGCCAAAGCUGUCACCAGAGAUGACAUUCGCACGAUAUUGGAUUCCAUUCCGCGGGUCAAAGGCAAGUUCGAGCACGAACUGCAGUUCUCCUUCAUUCAGGAGAAUGUGGCUCUUGUCCCAGAGGAUGACAUUUUUGCUGGCAACAACCAGAUUUUCGCGGAGAUGCGCUGCCGGCUGCGAAG